AAAACUGUAGCUAGCUAGCUAGCUAGCUAGCUAGCACUCUCCCUCUCCCGUCCCUCCGACCCGUGAGACAGAUAAAGAAUGGCAGUCGCAGCAGAACAGAAACUUACUCCAGACGACGCCGCUGACCUAGUGAGGGAGCUUCUGCCAGCACGGAUCAGCUCCCGUGAACUCGGUCUCAAACUGGGACUUUCCCAACCAGUGGUGGAGCACAUCCACCGCACCUUCUCCACGCCGCACGAUGCCUGUUUCAAGUUCUGAUCAAGUCCACGAGCGCUUCAGGGUCCAGGCCCACUUGGAAGGCUCUCGGAGAAGCUCUGAGGAGUCCUGAAGUAGAUGUGCCUGACCUAGCAGAGGAAAUAGAAUCAGCUUUUACUACUUCCAAGCCCGAUCUCAGUGCUGCAGAGAAAUUGUCUAGCUCUACUACUCUUGAGGAAGAUGUCAAAUCAAAGCCAUCACUUGUUGAUUCAUUCAAAGGCAGGGUGAAAAGUCUUGCACGAGAUUCCGGUCCAUCAGAAAGUCAACCAUACAGGGUCUUCAGAGAUGUCAGGUCGCGGUGGUUACAGUUGUGUCUUUGGUUACCACUAUCCUUGGAUUUAACAUCCGGGAGGCAGUCCAGGGUGGACACAAUAAAGAUCUCCAUGAAUGCAGGGAUCAUUGGGAACUUUUUGGAUACCUGAACUUGUACUGGAACUAUCUCUCUUUCAAUCUCCUGAAACAAUUGCUUGACGAACACCCUCUCAAAGGCUGCUUGCAUGGCAAAAAUGAAAUUUUGCUCUAUAUGAAAGAAGUAGAAAGUUUUCGGCGGGACACUAGUUUGCUGUUGUACUGUCGUGCUACUGUUCUUCACACUGGUUUCGCCCCUCCUGGAUUCCAGAGAAUGGUGACGGAACAUGAAUUUACCGAACUGCCACACUCCAGAGUUUAGAGGAUUUUCGAAUGGGUUUCUUGGACAUAUUUGGUCUGCCAGAUUGCGUGAUGAUGCUUGAUGGAAUCAAGAUUGGAUCAGUUAAAGUUACCUGGUUCGCUCACCUACAAGUAACUGUUAUUCAGCAGCUGAAGGGAAGCCAAGGCAGACUCAAAGCCUUCAGAGAUUUCAAAGUCACGUCAGUUGAAAUAGAUAAAGAAUCUAUUUUCCGUGUUCAAGAUUCAGUACAAGAAUCUCUUCAUACCGCACAUUCCAUGGCUACCACUGAAGCAACAGCCACUAAAGAAAGAGAAACGAGUUCGAUGUUAAAACUUACUCAGGAAUCCACAACACGUCUUAUGCAUGACAUUACUGAGGGUGAUCCACGUAUCACACGGAGAGAUAUAUUAUGGUGUUUACGUCAUGGAAGUAUAAUUAGGGGCUAUAUUGACUUCCAUGUCCUCCACAGGCAGUUUAUGAGUCAUAACAUAGAUAGCGAAGCAUUUUACCGACUUCCACCCAGAAUUAACUGCAAUGAUUAUAAUAUGAUUCUAGAGUUAUUUAGAGAACUGUAUAACAUUCCCAAUGGAUCCCAGAUAUUCUAUCGUUGUCUAAGGGAGACACAGGACAUCCCUUGGCAUCGGAUUCUUGCUGAUGACAUUGAAGAGAAAGUAAGAAAAAGACUCACUGCAGGGAACUGGGUAUUGGCAGUUUUUCUCAUCAAACACCUGCAAUCGAAACAUCUGAACUGGAAUGUGAUCCUGUUGUUCACGUAGUAGAUGAUGUAUUCCUGGUCGUACACCGGACGUGCAUUUCCUACACUCGUACAACUGGUAUCCGGGUUUUUCCCAGCAGGACAGUGCGACGAAACCUGUGGACAUUUCAGUCCAUGUUGCCACUGACGACUACAUCCUGCUCAUCGGGGUGGUGUCGAAAUGCCAAUAGUGACGCGACAGGGACAAUCACUCCAAGUGGUAAACUCCUGUUCAGUGAUAUACGUAUGCAACACUGGCUGUAAUUGAAGAAGAGAGAUUCUCUAGUGUUUCAUGUAGCACGUGGCUCUCCCACUGUGUACCAAUCACCUCUAGAUGGCGGAAUUUCUCCUCCUUAUCAAACUUAAAACUUUUUAUGGGGACAUAGAAUUGAAAAACUUCAGUAUUCUGGCAAUACUUGCCAUAAACUUGGGUGGAGAGAAUGUCGCGUCCUGCCCAGGCUAUCUUAUCACAGAUAAACAAAACGGCUGCUUUUGCUGCAACUUUUGUUGUCACAAACAAAACAUACACUCGUCACUCAUCGAGCUGUCACAAAAACAGUACUCUGAUGCUGUUGCGGGAUCAAGCAACCCAUAUUGUGUGACUACACCCCACAAGAGCUACCUUCAAUACCAGACGAACCACUGGAUGGAUAUGGGGAAAUGGACAACUGCUCGUACCGGCAUUUUGAUCCUCGACAUUCUAACCAGACUGAUCCGAGAAUACAGGGAGUAUAACAUCACCUGCUAAAAAUACAACUGAAUGUGAAAUCCACAGGGCAAGGGAAACCAAAGGAAGAGGAACUGAAAUUGGAGUCGAAGGAUGUUCAAUUAAUCCUCACCCUUUUCAGUAAGCAUUUAUUCCAUCAUCUAUAGCACGCAAUUACACAAGCCAGCACCAACCACUAGGCCUUGGACUUCAGUCUAAUGCCUGUCACCACUGUCUUCAGUCUCUUCAAAUGCCCCCUCUCAGCCUCACACACCAAGAGAAUCACAUGCAUCCCCUGCACAACCAAUAGCCAGCCGGAGUCUCACAAUGUCAGUGGAGUCUAGGACUCUUCGACGAAGCAAUACUAUAUUCACAAGUGGGGUAGACCCUGAUAAUAUUGUUAAAGUGCUCUACAGUAACUUGCUGCUGACUCCGAAGAAAAGGCCAGAGCCACACAACAGACACUGACAGCCCAACAAAAACUGGAGGAGAUUUUCCAGGCGAUGGAGCGUCGCAUUGCAGUGACCCCUGGAGACCUCCACGUAUUGAUUCAAGCUCUCAAGGCAGAACCUGCAAUAAAGGCAGUCGGUGAUAGAAUUGAAGAAAUUUACGAUGAGGAACAUGGGAAAAGGCAGGAGUAAAACAAAAAUAGCAUUAAACUAACUUAUAAUUAUUCAUGUAUUUUUGUUAGUUAUUUUUUU